UGUAGUAUAUAUAGAUGCAACUCUUUCAACACACAAAAUAUAUUGUAUAUCUACAAGUAUAUUCGAUUACACAUUAUUGCAAGAGAGAUCAUAGAGAUUGACAUGGCGACUACAACCUUCUCGUCUCGUGGUGUACAAACGAUGAACACCAUGUUGGUCAAGCCGAUGCUUAGAAAAUCGAUCCACAAGAAGAGCGCAUCUCAUGACAUAGUGAGGGAGACGGUGAAGACGGAUGGGGCCGGCUGCGCAGGAGAGGAGAUGAAGUCCACGAGAGGUUUCUCCGUAGCCGGAGAUAUGUCAUCAUCAGCGAGUAGUUGGGUCCCACAUGAAGGCACGGGGAUAUACUAUCCAAAAGGACAGGAGAAGGUGCUGCAAGAUGUGCCUCCUCCUCCAGCUGGCAGCCAAGUGGACGAGCUCGUUAAUUGGUUCUCUUGAUAAAAAAAAAUGAUCACACUCGACCUCUUGUGUCAAUCUCGAUCUCAUGAUCUCAAAAAUUGUUCUCUCUGUAAGUCUAAUUAUUGUUGUAAGGGAAAAAAUACUUUACUUUUCUGUAUUGCCGUAUGGUGUGUAUUAGACAUCUUGCGUGUGUAAUAAUUAUAAGUGAAUAUAUGUAUUGUCAUGUAA